AUGCAGUGCACGGUUUGUGAUUCAACGGUCAAGAAUUUUGUGUGCUCAUCGUGUCUGAUAGACGCCACUCGGAACAAGAUAGAAUCUAUUCUGAAAUUACAAAAGAAGAGAGAUGAAUUGAAGAAAAAAGUUGAAGAACAAAUUAUUGCACCCGAGAAGGAUUUGAAAUCCCGAGAACGAAAUAUUCGGAAUCAAAAACAACGAAAUAAUACUCUCCGAGAAUAUGUAAAACAAAUACAACAAGAAAAUACUGUUCAAGAACAAAUCACGACUAAAAAGUUUGAAGAACAUAUCGCUCGGACAAAAUUAUUUUCUGCAAGCAGAUCUGAACUUGUAGAAAUUAUGAAAGCAAACAAAAUUAGACCUUCAAAUGAAAUUGAAGAUCAAGAUAGUUUCAUCAAAAAUAGAAGACAACAUUGUACUAAUUUAUUACAAUAUUUCCCUAUAUUCACAAAUAAGGGCAGAAUCACGACAAAAAUCUUUGAACGAUCAACCUGUAUAUUGUGCGCUCCGAAUAGCAAUGUGCUGUACUUUUUACAUCGGGAAUUUCACUUGCCCAUGGGUGUCGUGAAUGAGGGUUUUGAUUUUAUUGAAGCAAUUUUAAAGCAUGACAAUCCAGAAUAUAUUCAGAGCCAAAAUAAGCUUAACCCAUUGAGCUCUUUCAAAGAAUAUUGGCCAUCACAAAACGCACUUUAUGGAAUGCUUGGAUACAUUGUAUUAAUUGUUCAACAGUUGUCAAACAUUCUUGAAAUUCCACUUCCAUACAAAAUGGAGUACAAAGGAUCAAAAUCUAUCAUUAUGGAUAUCAUUGGUUCAGAAAUGAAAAAGAAAAAGAUUGAAACAUCUGAUUCUUCCAUGAUAGAUUCACCAUUUGAAUCUCCUUACCACUAUGUUCCAGAGCCCAGAUACAAGAAAUAUGCUCUUUAUGAAAAUGAUUCAACAUUUAAUCCUGAACCAAUCCAUGUCACACCUUUCAGUUUGAAUGAUAUUUCUUCUGCAAGUUCUGGAAAAUCUCUACCCAACUUACCUUCUGGUAAAGAAGAUGGAACCCUUUUGUCUUCACUCAGCUCGAGGGAACAGUUUGCUGAGAGUGUACAGUUGCUGAAUGAUAACAUUGUUGCAAUUUGUCACGCUCAAGGCAUCAUGGUCUCUAAACAUAAUAGCAACAACUUAUUUCAUAAUUUAUUAACCCUGUACCACUAUGAGAAUAUUGGACGUUUAGGUCCCUUUUCGUUCUAUGGAUAUUCCAAACAUAGGAAUACCAGUUCUAAUGCCACCGUCACUCACUUCAAAUCGAAUAUAUUGGAAAACUAUUACUACGAUCAAGCCAUGGAUAUUAUGAGAAAGAUUAUUGUAAAUCCUCCUGAAGAUCUUUGCUUACCUCAACGACCAACGGCUUUCAAAGACAUGUUUGCAAACAUUAUUCAAGAAAAUUAUCUUCAUGACGACGAUGAUGCCUGA